UCAAUCACCAGGUCCCAGCCAGUGAUUACUUGCCGGCGACUGGGGAUUUCCAAAGAUCUCCGACGGGGAGGAGGACUGUAUUGUUUACUAACAGUCCUCCUCCCUGUCAGUUUGGGCACAGUGCUCUGGAUGGCUGUGCACAGCACAGCCAUCCACAGCAGUGUGAUUACAGUAAAGCACCCUAGUAAAACACUCCCUGCACACAGUUAACCCUUUGAUCGUCCCUCAUGUUAACCCCUUCCUGCCCAGUGUCAUUAAUACAGUGUCAGUGCUUUUUUUAGCACUGAACACUGUAUUGGUGUCACUGAAGAUGUCAUCAGUUCCCACCCAGUGUCAGAAUGCCUGCCGCAGUCCCAC